AUGGGCACCGCCAGGCCUCAGUUCAGCAUCGACGACGCCUUCGACCUAUCCUUGGAGGAGGGGGCCCAGGGCCGCUUUGGGGUGCUACACUUUGAGCGCAAGGUCCGGGGCGGCGAUGGGGAGGACGGCGGCGACAAGCAGUCCCGCCUCAAGUACCAGAACUUGGAGAACGAUGAGGACGGAGUCCGGGUGCCCCAGGACCCCAACGGGGGCAUCACGAACAGGGACCCCGGCCGCGCGUCCACCCGCAGCUCGCAGUGGUCUUUCAGCAACCUCAGCAACACCACUCAACGCUCGUACCGUGCCUGCUGCAGCUGGCCCCACCACCCUCUGGUCCAGAAGAAUCGCCGGGUGGUCCUCGCCUCCUUCUUGCUGCUGCUGCUGGGGCUGGCUCUCGUCCUCAUCGGGGUGGGACUGCAGGUGUCACCAUCGGCGGGCAUCUCCAGUGCCAUCUUCUUUGUCCCGGGCUUCCUGCUUCUCAUCCCUGGAGUGUAUCACGUCAUCUUCAUUUACUGUGCGGUGAAGGGACACAGAGGGUUUCAGUUCUUCUACUUGCCCUAUUUCGAGAAGUGACCGGAGGUCAGCCACCUCGGGGAAAAACCCAGGACAGCCAUCCCACUGCCCCCAACUCAACGGGGCGAGGACCACGACUGCGCCCUGUGCCCCCACUCUCGAGGGUGCCCGGCUCCUGGGCGCCCACCCAUCGGGAAGACUUAGUUUCCCCGGAAUUGAGCUCCCUCUGCUCUGGAAACCCCGGCCCCAAGGCCUCGCCUCAGGACUCGAGCGGGCAGCCGGCCCCUGACUCUCCUUGGGACAGGGAGGUCGGGCCAGGGUGGGCUUGCUGUGAGCCCCUCCCCAGGAC